AUGGGCCCCCGUGCUAGAUGGGAAACCUCUCCAGAUGUUCCAGGCUUGAGGUUGGCCUAUUCGGCAGAGAUCUGUCGCCCGCUCUCGCUUGAGCAUUUCCCUGAAGAUGUCUUUCCAGCGCUGCAGAUGCACCCAUCAGCUUCGGGAAUCACGUUUGCAACUUUUGCAAGCUUUGAAAGGAUUGCGAACAUCAGAACAAAUGGGGCCUGCUUGGUUAUCCUUUCCGGAUAUGUCAAGCCGAAGGUGGAACGGUUGGGCUUUGAGAGUGAGAGAAUCAUCUCCACAACCAUUACGGUAAAAGAUAUCAUCCAGAAUUGUGAAGAGAUGCGUGCAGUGACAUUGGUGAAUAUGUCGAUGGAUUCUGACGAGUUCUUUUCCAUCCCCGAUGCUGCGCCUGAUGUAGAGGUAGCUCAUGUUGAGAGAGUGGCCAUUUUUGCAGAAAUUCGCCAACUCGACUCUACAGCAGACGAUUGGGCCAACUUCGGGAAUCUGGAAGCGUUCCAUAACUAUGUGUGUCAGGUCAUUGAGCACCACUCUGUGCUUGCCAAUGCUGUGCUUUACAAGAUCUUUGAGCGUGAAGGCUACUUGUGCCGGCGACUUCAAGUGCCUGUUGCUGACCGGGAUGCCAUUUACGCACAGUCCGGGUUUAAGUCUGUACAGUUUCGAGCAGUUCGCAAACCUGACGACGUUCCAGAGGCCGGCCUUGAAGUACUGAAGGUACCGUCGCGCGAAACUCUCGCAGAAGCAGCUGCGCGACUUCAUGCGGUCCGUGGAGGCUUGGGUUGCUUCAAAUCCCAGAAUGCUUUGUAUUUCCGUGUGCGUGACAAUUUCAUCAAGACGGCCCGUGAAACAAUCUACAUUGACGAUGAGCGCUUUUCCGACUUUAACAUCGCGGCAAAGUCCCAGCUUCAGUACAAAAUCUUCGGAUUUCCUGCAGGCACCUCCAUGAAAGAGCUCGUUAAGACGCUUGAGGCUCUCAACUUUGUCGCCAUUCCUUCCAGGAUUGUAAAUUUGAAAGACUUGGCCAUCGUCUUCGUGUCUGCGCCGCAGCCCCCAGAUGCCUUCCGGUACCAGACAUCAGUUGGUAUGAUCCAAAUCGUUGAGCUUGAGAAGCGUGUCUUCAAUCGCAAAGAGAACAGUAUGGUUGCUCCAGCCCCUUCAGGGCAAGGCCGACAGAGUAAUGCCAAAGGAAAAGGCAAAGGCGUGGCAACACCUCCGCCUCCUGCUUCCUCCUCUUUGAAUUUGCCGAGGCCUGUGGCCCCUCUCUUGCCCAAUCCAUAUGCUGGUAGAGUGGAGGCUCUCGAAGCUCAAAUGGAAGCGAUGAAGGGUGACGUUGACACCUUGAAGAAGGAUAACCUUGACACGAAGCAAAAGCUCUCGGAGAUCUCCGACAAUCAGAAUCGUGGAUUCCGGGAUCUGUUGGAGGCCAUUUCAGAGAUCCGCGCGAGCAUGCCGUCGAGUCCAAGUACAUUCGCGCACUCCCCGCCUUCGAAGGUGUCCCCGGCAACCAAGCAUCAGAAGGUCUGA